AGCUGACCGAGGCGGCGGCGGCGGCGGCGGCGGCUUUCGCGGGACAGCAGUCGGCGUCGCAGGCUCCGGCGCCGAGGGUCGCGGGCGCGUUCGCUCCCGGUGGGCGAGGCGGGGGCCGGGUAGCACCAUGGCGACCACCGUCAGCACGCAGCGCGGGCCGGUGUACGUCGGCGAGCUCCCGCAGGACUUCCUCCGCAUCACGCCCACGGCCACGCAGCAGCAGGUGCAGCUGGACGUGCAGGCGGCCCAGCGGCUGCAGUAUGGAGCGGCGGCAGGCACGGUGGGCCGCCUCAGCAUCACCGUGGUACAGGCCAAGUUGGCGAAAAAUUACGGCAUGACCCGCAUGGACCCGUACUGCCGACUGCGCCUCGGCUACGCGGUCUACGAGACACCCACCGCCCACAACGGUGCCAAGAAUCCUCGCUGGAAUAAAGUCAUCCAGUGCACGGUGCCCCCGGGCGUGGAUUCCUUCUACUUGGAGAUCUUCGACGAGCGGGCCUUCUCUAUGGACGACCGCAUCGCCUGGACGCACGUCACCAUCCCCGAGUCCCUGAAGCAGGGCAAGGUGGAGGACGAGUGGUACAGCCUCAGUGGCCGGCAGGGCGACGACAAGGAGGGCAUGAUCAACCUGGUCAUGUCCUACACGUCACUGCCGGCCACCGUGAUGAUGCCGCCUCAGCCUGUUGUCCUGAUGCCCACUGUGUACCAGCAAGGCGUUGGCUACGUGCCCAUCACAGGUGUGCCUGCAGUGUGCAGCCCUGGUGUGGUGCCCGUGGCCCUGCCCCCAGCAGCCGUGAGCGCCCAGCCCCGCUGCAGCGAGGAGGACCUGAGAGCCAUCCAGGACAUGUUCCCCAACAUGGACCGGGAGGUGAUCCGCUCUGUGCUGGAAGCCCAGAGAGGGGACAGGGAUGCAGCCAUCAACUCCCUGCUCCAGAUGGGCGAGGAGUCCUAGAGCCCCGGCCGCCACGUGGCCUCGGCCCUCCCGAUGUGCUGGCCCGGCCCCUCCCCCCCUUCCUGUGAAGGAGCCCUGUGUAGCCUUUUCUCGGGCAUCUGUAGUUCCAGUCCUCACCCUCGUGUGGGAUGCAUGUGGGUGGUUGGUCCCCGGCUGCUGAGCCCUCCGUCACUCAGGCGUGGGUGUGCGUGGCUCUCCUCCUGGCUUCGUUGGGAGCAGAGUAGGCACGUGGGCCGUGUCCUGUGUACGCACACUCGCCCUCCCGCCACUUGGGGAUAUGUGUCUUCAUGUGCCGUGGGCUCCUUCUCCGCACGCUGUCCCAAGAUCACUCUCU